GGGGAACAUAAUAAAGGAAGAGAGGGACUGUGCGUCCCGGUACCCGCCAAUUACAUAUGAUCAUCUUCCUCCACCCCUGCAACUCUCCCUCCCUUCCCACGAGCCCUCUUUGCCAACUUCCUUCAGAGCGAAGAAGAACCGAAGGAAGGAACCCCAUAACCCCACGGAGAAACUUCGCCCCCAAGCAGUCAUCAUCACUAGGACGGUCCGGGAAGAUGGACGAUAAAGCUGGGACCCUUGAGGCGGUUGUGAAGGAAGCGGUCGAUUUGGAGAACGUGCCGAUUGAAGAGGUUUUCCAGACGCUGAGGUGCAACGCAAAUGGACUAACAACGGAGGCUGCUAAUGAGAGGUUGGGCAUUUUUGGUCACAACAAGCUCGAAGAGAAGGAGGAAAGCAAAUUUUUGAAGUUUUUGGGGUUCAUGUGGAAUCCAUUGUCAUGGGUCAUGGAAGCUGCUGCUAUUAUGGCAAUUGCGCUCGCUAAUGGUGGAAAUAAACCACCAGACUGGCAGGAUUUUGUGGGGAUCAUUACUCUGCUCCUUAUCAACUCUACUAUAAGUUUCAUAGAGGAGAAUAAUGCUGGAAAUGCUGCUGCUGCUCUUAUGGCCCGCCUUGCUCCCAAAGCUAAGGUACUUAGAGAUGGGAAGUGGGUGGAGGAGGAAUCUUCGAUUCUUGUCCCGGGUGAUAUAAUCAGCAUUAAGCUCGGGGAUAUUGUUCCUGCAGAUGCCCGUCUCCUCGAAGGUGACCCAUUAAAGAUAGAUCAGUCUGCGCUUACAGGAGAGUCGCUUCCUGUCACAAAGGGUCCUGGUGAUAGUGUUUAUUCAGGUUCCACGUGCAAACAGGGAGAGAUUGAAGCUGUUGUUAUUGCCACUGGGGUUCAUACCUUCUUUGGAAAGGCUGCUCACCUUGUUGAUAGCACCAAUCAAGUGGGCCAUUUUCAAAAGGUGCUGACUGCUAUUGGGAACUUCUGUAUCUGUUCCAUUGCUACGGGGAUGAUAAUAGAGAUCAUUGUGAUGUAUCCAAUUCAACACAGGGCAUACCGCCCAGGAAUCGAUAACCUUCUUGUACUCUUGAUUGGUGGAAUUCCUAUUGCAAUGCCUACUGUACUCUCUGUGACAAUGGCGAUUGGUUCGCACCGCCUCUCCGAGCAGGGGGCUAUUACGAAAAGGAUGACAGCCAUAGAAGAAAUGGCUGGCAUGGACGUCCUGUGCAGUGAUAAGACGGGGACUCUGACUCUUAACAAGCUGACCGUUGACAAGAACCUUAUUGAGGUAUUUGCUAAAGGAGUGGAUGCAGAUUUAGUAGUUCUGAUGGCAGCUCGAGCCUCACGAAUGGAAAAUCAAGACGCUAUAGAUGCUGCUAUUGUUGGGAUGUUGGCCGAUCCAAAGGAGGCACGUGCUGGUAUUCAAGAGGUCCAUUUCCUGCCUUUUAACCCAACUGACAAGCGAACAGCUCUGACCUAUAUAGAUAGUGAAGGUCGAAUGCAUCGUGUCAGCAAAGGUGCGCCAGAACAGAUUCUCAACCUUGUUCAUAAUAAAUCCGAGAUUGAGCGGAGAGUUCAUGCUAUGAUUGACAAGUUUGCAGAGCGAGGACUUCGAUCUCUUGCAGUAGCUUAUCAGGAAGUUCCUGAGGGAAAGAAAGAGAGUGCUGGAGGUCCAUGGCAAUUUAUUGGUCUUAUGCCCCUUUUUGACCCACCAAGACACGACAGUGCAGAUACGAUCAGAAGAGCAUUAAAUCUUGGUGUCAAUGUUAAAAUGAUCACUGGGGAUCAAUUGGCAAUUGCAAAGGAAACUGGGCGUCGCUUAGGAAUGGGGACCAACAUGUAUCCUUCAUCUGCUUUAUUAGGGCAGAACAAGGAUGAAUCCAUUGCUUCUUUGCCUGUGGAUGAGCUGAUCGAGAAGGCAGAUGGUUUUGCUGGCGUUUUUCCUGAGCACAAGUUCGAGAUCGUGAAACGCUUGCAAGCUAGGGAACACAUAUGUGGAAUGACUGGGGAUGGAGUCAAUGAUGCCCCUGCCCUUAAGAAGGCGGAUAUCGGUAUAGCAGUUGCUGAUGCAACUGAUGCUGCUCGAAGUGCCUCUGACAUUGUUUUGACUGAGCCUGGUCUUAGCGUCAUUAUCAGCGCAGUGCUGACUUCUCGAGCAAUUUUCCAGAGGAUGAAGAAUUACACGAUCUAUGCUGUUUCCAUCACGAUUCGUAUCGUGCUUGGAUUCAUGUUACUGGCCCUCAUAUGGCAGUUCGAUUUCCCGCCCUUCAUGGUCCUGAUAAUUGCUAUCCUUAACGAUGGUACCAUCAUGACGAUAUCUAAGGACAGAGUAAAAGCAUCUCCGCAGCCCGACAGCUGGAAGCUUGCCGAGAUCUUCACGACUGGGGUAAUUCUAGGGGGUUACUUAGCAAUGAUGACAGUGAUUUUCUUCUGGGCAGCAUACAAGACCAACUUCUUUCCUCGUACAUUUGGGGUUUCGAGCCUUCAGAAUAAGGACAUGGAUGACGUCAGAAAGCUUGCCUCUGCGAUAUACCUGCAAGUGAGUACAAUCAGUCAGGCUCUUAUAUUCGUGACCCGGUCGAGGAGCUGGUCUUUCGUUGAGCGACCAGGACUUUUGCUCGUGACAGCCUUUGUCGUCGCACAGUUGGUUGCUACACUGAUUGCUGUUUAUGCAAGUUGGAGUUUCGCUGCAAUUGAAGGAAUCGGAUGGGGUUGGGCUGGUGUGGUCUGGCUUUACAACAUCAUCUUUUAUUUCCCACUUGAUUUCAUAAAAUUCUUCAUCAGAUAUGCUUUGAGCGGGAAAGCUUGGGAUCUCGUGAUCGAGCAACGGAUUGCCUUUACGAGGAAGAAGGAUUUCGGAAAAGAAGAACGCGAGCUAAAAUGGGCCCAUGCGCAGAGGACCCUCCACGGACUGCACCAACCUGAGACCAAGAUGUUCAGUGACCGGAGCAAUAUUACAGAACUUAGUCAGAUGGCAGAAGAAGCAAAAAGGCGAGCCGAGAUUGCUAGGCUGAGGGAGCUUUAUACGCUUAAGGGGCAUGUGGAAUCGGUGGUUAAACUGAAGGGGCUCGACAUUGACACGAUUCAGCAAGCUUACACUGUGUAGAGAGGCCUUUACUGGACAGUAGCGAAAAAUGGGAUGUCUUAGCUUUAUAAUACGUGUAUGGGUUUUUGUAUAUAUUAGGCAUGGUUGUGAGUGAGAGCUGAGUAGUCUCGUUAGUAUAAUAAUAACAUAUAUACACAUAAAUACGUUACUGAUAUAAAAGAUGAGAUGAUGUACUUCUCACUGA